AUGUCCAACGGUACCUUCAUCUUCGAGUUCCUUCUAUUGGCAUUCGCAGACACACGGGAGCUGCAGCUCUUGCACUUCUGGCUCUUCCUGGGCAUCUACCUGGCUGCCCUCUUGGGAAACAGCCUCAUCAUCCCCGCCAUAGCCUGUGACCACCGCCUCCACACCCCCAUGUACUUCUUCCUCCUCAACCUCUCCCUCCUUGACCUGGGAUCCAUCUCCACCACUGUUCCCAAAUCCAUGACCAAUUCCCUCUGGGACACCAGGGCCAUCUCCUAUUCUGGAUGUGCUGCCCAGCUCUUUCUCUUUGCCUUCUUGGCACUAGCAGAGUAUUUUCUUCUCACUCUCAUGGCCUAUGACCGCUACAUUGCCAUCUGCAAACCCCUGCACUAUGGGACCCUGCUGGGCAGCAGAGCUUGUGUCCACAUGGCAGCAGCUGCCUGGGGCUGUGCAUUUUUCACUGUUCUCCUGCACACUGCUAAUACAUUUUCACUCCCCCUCUGCCAAGGCAAUACUGUGGACCAGUUCUUCUGUGAAAUCCCCCAGAUCCUCAGGCUCUCCUGCUCACAUGCCUACCUCAGGGAAGUUGGGCUUAUUGUGGUCAGUAUCUUUGUGGAAUUUGGCUGUUUUGUUUUCAUUGUGCUGUCCUAUGUGCAGAUCUUCAAGGUCGUGAUGAGGAUCCCCACACAGCAGGGUCAGCACAAAGCCUUUUCCACAUGCCUCCCUCACCUGGCUGUGGUUUCCCUGUUUAUCAGCACUGUCAUGAUUGCCUACCUGAAGCCCCCUUCCAUCUCCUCCACACCCCUGGAUGUGGUGGUGGCAGUUAUGUACUCAGUGGUGCCUCCAGCAGUGAACCCCCUCAUCUACAGCAUGAGGAACCAGGAGCUCAAAGAUGCACUUAAGAAGCUGAUUCCAUCUUUAGUAUUUUAG